AUGGCCGAGAUUAGUUACUACGAUGCGGACCUCAGCGACGCGAUCAUGAAGCUCAAUGAGCUCAUGGGCAAAGUGGCCAAGGCGCCGCCUGGUGUUCGCCCCGAGAUUCUCGCGAUGGCUGAAGUGAAGCUCAAGGAAAUGAUGGAGCUCAAGAAAGGAUUCCAGCUGGCGCUACGACAAGCUCCGCGUGACCAAGUUGCUGCCUUUCGCGAGAAAUUCGAGGAGCAUUGUGCUCGUGUUGAAGAGCUCUCGAGUGAAUUCCGUUGGGCCAAGGCUGAGCAGGAGCGCAAUGGGCUGUUCGGCGAUCGAGCCGCAGCAAACGCCGCAGCUCGCGGGACAAACGGGCUGGGAAACAAGGAGUUGCUCGAUAAAACUAUGGACAUCCAAUCCAAGACAGAGCAGAGUCUCAUGAGCACGGCGAAGAUGGUGGAGCAGUCGAAAGAGGUCGCAGCGGCGACCGCGGAGGUUCUGCGCGGCCAACGUGAGCACAUCGUUGAGAUCACGGACGCCGUCAUGGGCAUCGAAGACAGUUUACAGCGCGCUGACAAGCUCAUCCGUUCUUUCGCGCGACGAAUGGCCACAGACCGAGUCAUUUUGCUCUUCACUUUUCUCGUGAUCGUCGGAAUUGCUGGCAUUGUCGGCUACAAGUCUGUCCACCCCGACGACACCACCUUCUACGUGCCGGAUGAGGUCACUCCGCCGGAUCCGACGGCACUCUACAACACCACAGUGAACGCCAUCAACAGCACGCUUUCAGGGUCCUGA